AUGGGUGCAGGGCGGGGUGGGGUCGGAGGGGCGGGGUGGGCAGUUUUCGGGGCGAGCCCUCCCAACCCGGCCCUGCUGGUCUCCCCCAAAAGCUGGGGUCCCCCGCCCCCCACCUGCCGCCCGCCCCUGCCGCCUGCCCGCCCGCCCUCCCUCGCGCCCCGCCCCCGAGGCCGUCCUCGAGCUCCCAUUGGCCGGUCGCGCCCCAAGCCCCGCCCCCGGCUCCCGCGGGCCAAUGAGCGCGCGCCUGUCACCGGGCGGCGCCGACUGCGCUGGAGCUGGGGCCGGGAGGAGCGCGCACUGGCGGCCGCUCCGAGGCUCCGAGGCUCCGCGCCCCGCGCCCCGCGCCCCGGCCCGGCCGCAGCGAGCAUGGCCGCGCGCUGGCACUUGUGCGUGCUGCUCGCCCUGGGCUGGCGCGGGCGGCUGGCGGGGGGCAGCGGGCUGCUCCCAGGUGCUGUGGACGUGGACGAAUGCUCCGAGGACUCAGACGACUGUCACAUCGAUGCCAUCUGCCAGAACACGCCCCGGUCCUACCGGUGUCUGUGCAAGCCAGGCUACAAGGGAGAUGGCCGGCAAUGUGAAGACAUCGACGAGUGUGACAACGACUACUACAAUGGUGGCUGUGUACAUGAGUGCAUCAACAUCCCCGGGAACUACCGCUGCACGUGCUUCGAUGGCUUCAUGCUGGCCCACGAUGGCCACAACUGCCUGGAUGUGGACGAGUGCCUGGACAACAAUGGCGGCUGCCAGCAGGUCUGCGUGAACACCCUGGGCAGCUACGAGUGCCAGUGCCACGGCGGCUUCUUCCUCAGUGACAACCAGCACACCUGCAUUCACCGUUCCAAUGAGGGCAUGAACUGCAUGAACAAAGACCACGGCUGUGCGCACAUCUGCCGGGAGACGCCCAAAGGCGGGGUGGCCUGUGACUGCAGGCCCGGCUUCGACCUGGCCCCCAACCAGAAGGACUGCACACUCACCUGUAACUACGGCAACGGAGGCUGCCAGCACAGCUGCGAAGACACGGACUCAGGGCCCCUAUGUGGCUGCCACCAGAAGUAUGCCUUGCACGCUGACGGCCACACCUGCGUCGAGGAGGCUGAGGCUGCAAUCGAGCGCGUGCAGCUCAGGGCCACGUCAGUAGCUGAUGUGGACAAGCGGGUGAAACGGCGGCUCCUCAUGGAGACCUGUGCAGUCAACAACGGCGGCUGCGACCGGACGUGUAAGGACACAGCCACAGGCGUGCGGUGCAGCUGUCCCGUGGGGUUCACCCUGCAGCCCGACGGGAAGACGUGCAAAGACAUCAAUGAGUGCCUGGUGAACUCGGGGGGCUGCGACCAUUUCUGCCGCAACACCGUAGGAAGCUUCGAGUGCGGCUGCCGCAAAGGCUACAAGCUGCUGACUGACGAGCGCAGCUGCCAGGACAUCGACGAGUGCUCCUUCGAGCGCGCCUGCGACCACAUCUGUGUCAACUCGCCCGGCAGCUUCCGCUGCCUGUGCCGCCAAGGCUUCGCGCUCUACGGGACCACGCACUGCGGAGACGUGGACGAGUGCAGCAUAAACAACGGCCGCUGCGAGCUGGGCUGCGUCAACACCGAGGGCAGCUACGAAUGCGCCUGCCCACCUGGGCGGCGGCUGCACUGGAACCGCAAGGACUGUGUGGACACAGGCCGGUGCCUGCCUCGAGCCAAGGCCUGGCCCCGUGUGCAGCUGACCUGCAGCAAAGCAGGCGGCAUCGAGACCUGCGCCCUGACCUGCCCGGCACACACGCUCUUCACGCCAGACACAGAAAACAGCUACAGUCUGAGCUGCGGGGUCCCGGGACUGCGGGUCAAGACACCCCAGAAACGCAACAGCACCGGGUCCGGCUGUUCAGGUGCUCCCGCCACCCCCAUCCGACAGAAGGCACGGUUCAAGAUCCGCGAUGCCAAGUGCCACCUGCAGCCCCGUAGCCACGAGCCCACUCAGGAUGCCCAGCGCCAGCUGCUGCCCGAAGGCGGCCGUGUCACCUUCGUGGCCCUCAAGUGCGACUCGUCCAGGAAGAAGCGACGUGGCCGCAAGUCCCCAGCCAAGGAUGUGACGCACAUCACGGCCGAGUUCGAGGUGGAGACAGAGGUGGCCGGAGCCUCAGAAUCCUGCGAGGAGCACUGUCUGCAGAAGCGUGCGGAGCAGAGCCUGCAGGCGGCCAUCAGGACCCUGCGCAGGGCCAUCAGCCACCAGCGCUUUUCCGUCCAGCUCGCCAGCACGCGCUAUGACAUAGCCCAGCGGCCAGCCAAGGCCCCCGAUGGCCAAGGUGCCUGCGGCCCUGGCCAGGAGCUGCAGGAUGGCAAAUGCGUGCCCUGCGGGCCUGGCACCCACUUCCACGGAGAACUGAACCAGUGCGCACCCUGCCCGCCGGGGACCUACCAGGACGGGGAAGGCCAGCUCAGCUGCUCCCCAUGUCCCAGCGGCGAAGGGCUGGGCCUGGCGGGUGCCCGCAACGUGUCGGAGUGCGGAGGCCAGUGUCUGCCAGGGUCCUUCUCAGCCGACGGCUUCCGGCCCUGCCAGGCCUGCCCAGUGGGCACGUACCAGCCCGAGCCCGGCCGCACCAGCUGCUUCCCCUGCGGGGGUGGCCUGCUGACCACACACGAGGGCACCACCUCCUUCCAGGGCUGCGAGGCCAAAGUGCACUGCUCGCCCGGCCACCGCUACAACACCAGCAGCCACCGCUGCAUCCGCUGCCCCGUGGGCACCUACCAGCCCGAGUUCGGCCAGAACCACUGCGUGGCCUGCCCCGGCAACACCAGCACCGACUUCGACGGCUCCACCAACAUCACCCACUGCAAGAACCAGCACUGCGGCGGCCAGCUGGGAGACUACACGGGCUACAUCGAGUCCCCCAACUACCCUGGUGACUACCCCGCCAACGCCGACUGCGUGUGGCACAUCUCCCCGCCGCCCAAGCGCAGGAUCCUCGUGGUGGUCCCCGAGAUCUACCUGCCCGUGGAGGACGAGUGCGGGGACGUCCUGGUCAUGAGGAAGAGCGCCUCGCCCACAUCCGUCACCACCUAUGAGACCUGCCAGACGUACGAGCGGCCCAUCGCCUUCACCUCCCGCUCGCGCAAGCUCUGGGUCCAGUUCAAGUCCAACGAGGGCAACAGCGGCCGCGGCUUCCAGGUGCCCUACGUCACCUACGACGAGGAUUACCAACAGCUCAUAGAGGACAUUGUUCGCGACGGGCGCCUCUACGCAUCCGAGAACCACCAGGAGAUCCUCAAAGACAAGAAACUGAUCCAGGCCCUGUUCGACGUGCUGGCGCACCCACAAAACUACUUCAAAUACACAGCUCAGGAGUCCCGUGAGAUGUUCCCACGUUCCUUCAUCCGCCUGCUACGCUCCAAAGUCUCACGCUUCCUGCGGCCCUACAAGUAGCCAAGGAGGCUUCCUCCAGCCCUAGGAGCUGCUGUGGGGCUGUGGGUAGGUCCUCGAGGAAGCGAG